GCAGGAAACAGAGGUGACUUCACCCUGGGGAUGUGACAGUUGGUUCAGUCCGUUGGUUGUCACUUUGGUGAGAGACAUCGGGCUACAGCGUGUUUGCCGCGUUUCCUGCGAUCUUUGCGAUUUUUUCUGCAAGUUCUGCACGUUUGCUGCUCAUCGUCAUCAGAGCAUUUUUUGGCUUCCCCCUAGUUUGAUAUAAUCCAUCCUUAUCAGAACUAGUUUUUGGGAUAGCCAGGGUCUCCUCAGGGAGACCCCUUGGGGUACCCGGCCUUGUGCCGGUCCCUUUUUUUUUCUUCCAGAAGCGACAACAUCUACGACUUCUGCGUUUUUUUGAAAGACGACUGAAACAUCAUGGACCGCUCCCUAGAGAUGGAGGCGGUUUUGUUGACCCGGAAGAACUUCAGGGAGGAGGAGGAGACAGACAUCGAGAGUCUCCUCUAUUUUUAUGAACAUCACUACAGGAGAGAGUUCGGGAAGAUGGACGACUUAGCCAACUUCCUCAUCGGAUAUGCAGCCACCCACCAGUACCUGACUAGGGCGAACCUGGUGUAUUUUAUCUACGUGGUCAUGAAUCUGGAACAACUGGAUAAGAUUGUGGCUGAUUUCCAGCUGCCGGAAUCACCUCUCAGAAACAUCAAAAUAGACCGAGACGAGGUUGCCGAAGCCUUUCAAACUUUAAGAUCAAUAUCGGAGGGCAUGGAGAGCAAACUCCUCGAGAAGGAGAAGGAGCUGGAAGAAGCUGCCAUUCAACAGGAAAAAGUGGAGCAAGAUCACCUGCAGGAAGAGGAGAACCAUCAGGAGGAGCAAGAAGAGGUGGAACACCAUGAAGAGGAACAGGAGGAGCCAAAGAAAGAUCAAGAUGAAGAUGUUCCUGCUGACAAGAAAGAGGAGAUGGAAGAACUGGAGAAGGAGGUUCCUCCAGAACAGCAAGAGGAGGAGAUGGAACUGGAGGAACAAGAGGAGCAAAAAAAGGAGCAAGACGAAGAUGGUCUUGCUGAAAAGAAAGAGGAUAUGGAAGAACUGGAGAAGGAGGUUCCUCCAGAACAGCAAGAGGAGGAGAUGGAACUGGAGGAACAAGAGGAGCAAAAAAAGGAGCAAGACGAAGAUGGUCUUGCUGAAAAGAAAGAGGAUAUGGAAGAACUGGAGAAGGAGGUUCCUCCAGAACAGCAAGAGGAAGUGAUUGAACUGGAAGGACAAGAGGAGCAAAAGCAGGAACAAGAGGAAGAUGUUCCUGCUGAAAAGCAAGAAGAGGCAGAAGAACUGAAGAAAUAUGUCCCUCUUGAACAGCAAGAAGAUGUGGAAGAACUGGAGAAAGAAGAGGUGAUGGAACUGGAGGAAGAAGAGGAGCAAAAGCAGGAACAAGAAGAUGUUCCUGCUGAAAACCAAGAAAAGGGGGAAGAACCAGAGAAAGAUGUUCCUGCCGAAAAGAGAGAAGAGGUGAUAGAAAUGGAGGAACAAGAGGAGAAAAAGCAUGACCUAGAAGAAGUUCCUGCUGAACAAAAACAGCAGCAGCCAACCCGGGGAAGAAGGGUUACAAUCAGGCUGCAGAGGAUCUGGCGUUCCACCAAGAAGUUCUUCCGAGGGAUAAACUGUCGUCGCCCCACUCCUGCGCCUUAAAUACCUUGCACCCACACUGGAACCCACACAAGCAUUCACACAUACACUUACACACGCACCCUCCCUUCCACACACACAUAUUAAAGGAAUCAUUCA